UGCGCAUUUUAGGCAACGGAACAAGAACACAGAAACCCCCGGUAUAAAAAGGGCGGACGACAUGGCCUUUCGAUCGUCAUCCUUGGAGGCAACAUCAUCGCAAAGAUACACACAUCACUUCGCUCUGGUCAUCCUCGCGUCCAUCAGAAUGAAUCAUUUGGCUAUUUUCACCCUUUCCGUGCUGACGGCACAUUCUGUGUGUGCCCAAAUGGCAGCCGACUGGCCCAAACAAACCCAUUUCCUAUCCACGCCCUACUAUUUCUACAACCAUCAAGUCAUCCCGACUCAAGCGAAGGCGCCCGUUCUUGAUCAACAUGAUCCAUUUACGCCGCAACGCGACGCCAUGAUCUCCGUCUUGCUACGAGAACUCAAAGAAACGAACGUCGUCGUUGAAAAUGUCAAAAACGAAUUGGCUCAAAUGAAAAAAAUGGUAGAAGAUAAAGUCGGGGCGGAAGGAUCCAAGUCAAACGGUAAUAACAGAAGUUGUGGCAAAACACUCGCGUCAACUAAUCUGCUUUCGUCGUGA